AUGGGUAUCCCAAAAUUUUUCAGAUACAUCUCUGAGAGAUGGCCAAUGAUCUCGCAGCUUAUCGACGGGUCACAAAUUCCGGAAUUCGACGAUCUGUAUUUGGACAUGAACUCGAUUCUGCAUACUUGCACGCAUGCUAACGAUGACGACGUCACCAAGCGACUUUCGGAAGAGGAAGUUUUCGCAAAAAUCUUUGCGUAUAUUGACCAUUUGUUUCACACGAUAGGACCAAAGCACACUUUCUAUAUGGCCAUCGAUGGUGUUGCCCCACGAGCGAAAAUGAACCAGCAACGUGCCCGUCGUUUCAGAACGGCCAUGGAUGCCGAAAAAGCUUUGCAGAAGGCUAUCGCCAAUGGCGAAGAAAUUCCAAAGGGCGAGCCCUUUGACUCCAAUUGUAUCACUCCCGGUACUGAAUUCAUGGCGAAAUUGACGCAGAAUCUCAAAUACUUCAUUCAUGACAAAGUUUCCAAUGACUCGGCCUGGAGCUCAGCCAAAAUCAUUUUGUCCGGUCACGAAGUUCCCGGCGAAGGUGAACAUAAAAUUAUGGAACAUAUCAGACGUUUGAGAUCCCAGCCUGACUAUAACGCUAAUACGAGGCACUGUAUCUAUGGAUUGGAUGCAGAUUUGAUUAUGUUGGGACUUUCUACCCACGAUCCACACUUUGCCCUUCUCAGAGAGGAGGUUACUUUUGGUAGACGUCAAAAAUCCCAGCCUUUAGAGCAUCAAAAUUUUUUCUUGCUUCAUAUCUCCCUUUUGAGAGAGUAUCUGGAACUGGAGUUUAGUGAGGUUGCUGACGAUUUGCAAUUUGAAUAUGACUUCGAGAGAAUAUUAGAUGACUUCAUUUUAGUGAUGUUUGUGAUUGGAAAUGACUUUUUACCUAAUCUUCCCGAUUUGCACUUGAAUAAAGGUGCUUUCCCAGUCUUACUCCAAACGUUCAAGGAGGCUCUCAAACAUGUUGAUGGCUAUAUCAAUGAGCAAGGGACUAUCAAUCUUUCCAGGUUCCAGGUAUGGCUGCAAUAUUUGGGCGAAUUUGAGCUCAUGAAUUUCGAGAAGGACGAUAUUGAUGUAGAAUGGUUCAACAAACAGCUGGAAAAUAUUUCUCUUGAGGGGGAAAGAAAAAGAGCUCGUCUAGGUAAGAAACUUCUGCUCAAGCAACAGAAAAAGAUUGUUGGCGCUAUUAAGCCUUGGCUUUUAAAAACAUCGGCCGCCCCAUUUGAUGCAAGUGCUAUGUCAAGCGACGAAGUGCCAACUUUCUCCCUUGACAAUGAUGUCAUUGAGGAUAAUUUACCAUUUUUAAAGGAGCUGGCGUUUGAUUUGGGAUUGUUCGUAGCUCACUCCCAAUCGCAGGACAAUUAUUACCUGCAGCUUGACGUUGACGGAAUCAAUCCUCACGAGACUGAAGAAGAGCACGCAAAUCGUGUUGCCGCUUUGAGAAAGCUAAUUAAAAAGUACGAGCAAGCUGUGCUUGUUGAGGACAGUGAAGAAUUGGAAAAAGAGCAAAAACUCUAUGCUGAAAGGUUUGAGAAUUGGAGAGAUCAAUACUACAAGGACAAGUUGGAUUUCAGUUAUCAUGACGAGGACAAGUUACGUGAGUUGACUGAAAAUUAUGUGGAAGGUCUUCAGUGGGUGCUAUAUUACUAUUACCGUGGUUGCCCAUCCUGGUCUUGGUACUAUAAAUAUCAUUACGCACCCCGCAUUUCUGAUGUUCAGAAAGGUUUGAAUCAAAUUAUCAAGUUUGGUAAGGGGACGCCCUUCAGACCAUUUCAACAACUAAUGGCAGUACUACCGGAAAGAUCCAAAAACUUGAUUCCUGUCGCGUAUCGACCCCUCAUGUAUGAUCCAAAGUCACCAAUUGGCGACUUUUAUCCAAAUGAAGUGGAAUUGGACAAAAACGGCAAAACGGCAGAUUGGGAAGCUGUUGUCAAACUCUCGUUCGUGGAUGAAAAGAGACUUAUUGAUGCCAUGUCUACAAUGGAGGAUAAGCUGACACCAGAAGAACGUAACAGGAAUAAAUUUGGAAGUGACCUCGUUUUCAUUUACAAUCCUCAGAUUGACGACAUCUACAAGUCUCCCCUCAGUGGUUUUUUCUCCGAUAUUGAGCACAACCAUUGUACUGAGCGUGAAUAUGUCCCACACUCUAUGGAUGGUCUCGAACUAUUGUAUGGUCUUCCAUCUGGCGCAAAGUUGGGAGCGGAAGCGUUGGCUGGAUUCCCCACCCUGAAGACUAUUUCAUUUGACAGUAAACUUGACUAUAACGGUUGUAUGGUUUUCCAACAACCAUCGAAACAACAAUCUAUGCUGUUGACUGUAAAGGAUGCUUACAAUGAAAGUAACCUAACUCUUGACGAGUUCGCCAAGACGCAUUUGGGCAAGGUGGUAUACACAAGGUGGCCUAAUUUGAGAGAAUCAAAAGUGCUAUCUAUAACUGAUGGCGAGACUAUAUUCGAGCUACCAAAAGAUAGCAAACAGCCUCAAGGUAAAACUUCUUUCACUGAAAGAAAAUUGGAUGACGUAGAGUCCAGGUUCUUUAAUACUCAGAGAGCUGGCUUGCGCAGAAACUACUCGGUACAAAAGGGUGUGAUGCUCGAUGAAGUUCGCGCAAUUGUCCGCGUCGUUCCUGUUAAUGGACUUACCAGAACUCCCGAUGGUGCUUACGUCAAGACGUUCUCAACAGUCGAAGAAUUCUACCCAAUGCAGCUAGUUGUGGAGGAUGUUGAAAAUAAAGAUCAACGUUAUAUGGAAAGAACUCCCGUUCCUGUAAACGAGGAAUUUCCAGAGGGCCUGAACGUCAUAUUUUUGGGAGACUAUGCUUAUGGUGGAAAAGCUAUCGUUGACGGGUAUAGCAGCAAUACUAGACUAAAGCUUACUGUUGAAAAACACACAACCGAUCAAGAGCCGACAGUUGGAAAAGUAAGAGCUCAAUUAGACCAAAAAUUGAUACAUUAUUAUCCUUCGUUCAUCGUUUCAAAGAAACUACAAAUUCAUCCAUUAUUUUUGUCUAGAAUUACUUCGCGAUUCAUGGUGGGAGGAUUUGGCGAAAGGCCAAUAAACUUCGGAUUAGAAAUAAAAUUUGAAUCACGUCAUGAAAAGGUUUUAGGUUACGCCAAACGUAAUCCAAAGGGCUGGGAGUACUCAGACAUGACUAUGGCUCUUCUUUCAGAGUACAAGAAGAAUUUCCCUGAAUUCUUCUUCAAACUGUCAACUCAGGCCAAAGAUUCCCCAUCUUUUGAAAAUAUGUAUCCCGGCGCGAAGCGGGAAGACUUGAAAAGUGUUGUCGAUAGCGUUCGUGCAUGGUUGAAGAGCGUCAAACAAAACUUUGUGACCGUUUCUUUCGAAAGUGACUCGCUAACUAAGGCAUCCAUGAUAGCUGUAGAAGAUGCUAUCGAAAAGUAUGCCGCCGCUCCGGCCAAGAUUAGCAGCAAACAGCUAGCCAAAGUUCCACGAGAGGCUAUACUUGAUCCCCAGGUAUCCCUCGCCAUGUUGCGUACUCAAAAGUUCGAUCUUGGUGACAGAGUGAUCUAUAUUCAAGAUUCUGGUAAGGUGCCAUUGUUUUCAAAAGGUACUGUGGUAGGCUAUACCACGAUAGGUCCGAAACUGUCAGUGCAAAUUUUAUUUGAUAGUGAGAUUGUUGCAGGGAAUAAUUUCGGAGGAAGAUUAAGAACAAAACGAGGCCUCGGGCUAGAUUCUUCCUUUUUGCUCAACUUGACCAACAGACAAUUCAUUUAUCAUUCCAAGGCUUCAAAAUCGGUGAAAGAAGCCUCGAAAAAGCCUCAGAAACCUGUCAAAUUAGCUCAAACCAAACCUGCCGCGGCUGCUACUCGUCAACAAGAUGAAGCUACCAAAAAGAAACAAGCUCAUGAGCUUCUCAGCCAUAUAAAGGGCGCUGAAGCUGAAACUCAAACAGCCCAAGUUAAAGGGGCAGCGCAAGAUACCAACGUUCAAGACAAGAACAAAAGUUACACCGGGGACGAAGCUGAAGUAAACUCGCCAAACGAUAGAAUUAUCGCCAGCAACAUUUACAAUGCCGUCUUCAACCAGUUUGCUGAUGCUUCGCCUGUCCCAGGCCCCAAUCCUUUUCCACAAAGGCUACCUUACGAAGCAGGACCUCCAAAUGCUGUUCCACCACACUUGAUUGGCCGCGUCCCACCGCCACCACCACAUAUGGGAUUUUAUCCUUCACAGGGGCCAGUUCUUCCUAUGGGGCCACCACCCGCUGGACAUUUUGUCCACCCAUACCAGAUGUCGGCGAAUGCUCAGGAUGUCAAUGGAAAUUUCGCGGGUGAGGGAAAAUCUGAAAAUCAGAACGAUGGUCUUUCAGAGACAAAAAACGGUUUAUACCACGGCAACGCUGAUAGAAAAUCGGGCCAUGCCUCGUUUGGUGGUCGUGAAAACGCAAGCAGAGGAGGCUCCAGAGGUAGAGGAGAUUUUAGAGGGCGUGGUCGUGGCCGUGGCCGUGGUCGUGGCCGUGGCAGAGGCAGAGGACGUGGGAAUUCCAGUCCAUCUUCGUGA